AUACUGCAACGGAUAAUCGAUAUGAGACAGCCGCACAUGGCUUCUUUCCACGGCUCUCUACCUUCGUAUUCGCUCUGCCGUGGCGAUCGAUCGGCAUCUUGAGGGUCCCCGUACUCACAACUGCGGCCUUACGGAACGGCAUUGUAUCUAGAGGAGGCAGACUGUCAAAAUGUCUAGCCCGGCAGAUUCAAAGACGUCGAAGACGGUGGCUUCAGCCUUUGAGAGUCCAACCUUUGGCGAAGACAGUUCGUUCCAUGUGGAGCAGCCAGUCGGCUCCGCGUCAAUAUCUCCGUGUGGGCGCGAUGUCGUUCUUGCCUCGAAGGAAGGCCUCCAUAUCAUCGACCUUGAUUCUCCUUACUCGCCCCCUCGAUAUCUCCCUCAUCAUACACCCUGGGAGGUUGCAGACGUACAAUGGUCACCGUUCGCGGUGCGCGAUUACUGGGUUGUGAGUACGUCGAACCAGAAGGCACUGGUAUGGAACUUGGCCAUGAAGUCGCAUGAGAACUCCAUUGAACAUGUACUACACGCUCAUUCCCGCGCAAUCACGGAUAUCAACUUCUCGGCUCAUCAUCCGGACACGCUUGCUACUUGUGGUGUUGAUAGUUUCGUGCAUUGUUGGGAUCUCCGGACUCCUGCAAGACCUGUCGUAUCAUUCUCUGAUUGGUUUGCUGGUGCAACUCAAGUCAAGUGGAAUAGACAGGACCCCCAUGUAAUUGCAAGCUCUCACGAUAAAUUCCUCAGAAUCUGGGACAAGAGAAUGGGUGCAACGCCGAUCAAGUCUAUUGAGGCGCACAGCACAACGAUUUACGGCGUUGACUGGAACCGAGUUCGUCCUGGGGCGGUUACUACCUGCUCCCUAGACAAAACGAUCAAAUUCUGGGAUUACACUGCUGAAGGUGAAGUCCCCGAAAAGGUAAUCAAGACACCGUUUCCGGUUUGGCGGGCUAGGAACACACCUUUCGGCUGGGGGGUGUUAGCUAUGCCGCAGCGUGGAAACAGUGAUCUCCAUCUAUAUAGUCGUCGAACGCCUGAAGGAAACCAAAUAUUUGACCCGAACCAGACCCUUUCUUUGGUCCAUAGCUUCCCCGGCCAUAAGGGCCAAGUCAAGGAAUUUCUAUGGAGAGCUCGUGGAUCUGUCAUGGAUGGCAUCGACCACAGAGAUUUCCAACUUGUCUCCUGGGGCACUGACAGGGAACUCCGCUUGCACAGGGUCGAUCCGGAGGUAUUAAGGGCUGUUGGAUAUGAGAAAGGAAAAUCGUUUGUCCCGACCUUGAACAUCACGCGCAAAGGUGCCGUAUACAAGACCUACCGUGAUGAGCCUCUGGACCAGGAUUUUACCGAAUUAUUUGAGUCUGAGCCUGCCCUGUCGUCAGGACCUCGGACUACAGGUCAACAUCGCCCACGGACCGGCGGAGGCAUAGCCAUGAAUAAUGUCUCGCUGCGUUCUGCUCGUCCGUGGACACAGGGUGGCCAGCUGGAUUCAAGAGUCGGCAUGCAAACACGCUCCAAUAUCAGGGCCGAUACGAAUCCCAUCGCUUGGAUGCGGGGUGUAAAAAUAUCCGGCUGGGACAUCGAGACUCUCGGUGACGAAAUAACACAUGUAGGAGAGAGAUUCACUAAAGUUGUCUUUGAGUCUGUCGAUAUCAGACAGCGCAAGACAACGGUUUCACUCCAUGGGCCAUGGGGGCCCGAAGGAGCUUCUCUAUUCUUGAAGGUGGACAUCAAGUUUCCCAGCGAAUAUCCCCGAAGUGCUAUCCCGACCUUCAAUAUUCAAAGGACGACAUCGGUAACUGAUCAGCUGGCGAACAAAAUUGCCUCAGAGCUACGCACGAUCGCAGAAAUUUAUCUUGCGAAGAAACGUGGUUGUCUAGAAGGCGUACUGCGAUAUCUACUAGGAGAGUGCAAUCUCGAAGAAAGCGUCGCCUGGGUUCUCGGUGAGACUGCAGAGACAGUCAAGUCGCCAGUCACGGGCACAGUGGAAGGCGAAGAAUCAAGUGACGAAGAUGAAGAGGUAGGCCAAUUCCAGAACCAGGAUCUGGGUAUGAGCUCCGAGCUUCUUCGACCGGUGAACGCGAAUGUCAUGGUCCCCGUUGCGAAGGCAUGUGGUGCGCUUUGGGCCAACGAUGGUCGACUUGUCUGCUUCUUCCCACCCAAAAAGGACAGGCAGAGUGCUGUGUUUGAUACCCUUGGCUUCAGCGCCAUGACCAGGCUGUCUCGAGCCGACAAAGUCUUUGAAGGGUUCGGUCGCCUUCAAACGAGCUCACCGGGUCCAAGGACAACGACCGGUACUGGCACGGGCACGGGCACGGGAACGAAUACCAUCACAGACGAUGGCACCUCAGACUAUUCCGACGAUUCCUCCGUCGCAUCAUCGAGUUCAUCCGGGUCCUCGGGCCUUCUUACAGGCCUCCCAAGUCGUUUUCCGGCGCCCCAAACCUGGCGUAGUGCCGGAAGUCUGGGAUUCCGUCAGGCACGUUCUACAGACAACUCCCAGAAAUCUACGAAUGGCGGUGGUCCUCAGAGGUCAUCGGAUGCACCGCAGAACAUCAUUUCGAUCCACGAUUUUAACUACCUGUUGCCAGCAAAGAGGGAGUUGGCUGUCCAGUAUCGUAUCUUUGGGAAGGGUGCUGAUGUUUGUGCUCAUAACGCAGCUGUGGCCGCAGAUGCAGGAUACCACGACCUAGCUCAAGUCUGGGGUCUGAUUAGACUGAUACUGCACAAUCAGGUCCCCAACGAGCCAGAGCUUCAGGCUGAUAUUCCUACGAUCGCAAGACUUGCAACUACUGGUGACAUGAAAAGAAAGGAUAGUGGGGUCGAUUUGAGCUACGAUAACCCCAAGGCCUCACCAGAUGUUGCAACCUCUAGCAAUAUCCGAUGGGGAGAACACCCGCUCGGUGGUCGCUGGCUUGUUCCUGCCCUCUUUGAUCACUUCGAAAGGAUCGGAGAUGUGCAAAUGCUUGCGAUGCUUUCUUCCAUUUUCCAUGAAUCUGGGACUAGGAGGAAUGCUUCUCCUAGACUGCAUCGCCGAGAUAAUACAACAUCUGCCCAUAUAGAGGACCCUAGUUUCUCUUUGGACUUCAACUAUUCCAAACCAACAUCCCAUAGAUCACAAGUCACGACUCCGAUUACAAUUGCGUCGAGAGAUAGCCACAAUACCUCGGGCGUCCAGAGCCCUCGUCGUUCAUCUGCAGAAUUCUUGCGAAGUGACUUCACGCCACCUUAUUCCACCGGUACAACGCCUCCAGUUGCGUCUCGUGCAGGGGCUGUAACGGCAGACAGGAAAAGUAACAUCCAAGGUCUCUCGAUUUCAGCUUCUCCAGACCAGCACUCGGUUCCCCGAAGCAGCUCUGGUAUCGGGUCGGCCCUGGCAUCAUCCCUAUCGCGAUCCUUUACCUUCGGACCAUCAUCAGCUUCACCUCCCGCAAGCACUCUCAAGCAAAAGAGGCCAAGUCCCAAUGGCAGCCUGAACACUUCAGCUGGGCCAGGAGCAUGGACUACUAGCGGGUUUUUCAGUCGGGCUGCGUCAGCGAUUCCUGAUUAUUUGACAACAUCUGGCACGAUGACAUCACAAGCUCAGUCUGAUACCGAGAGUGAGAGACGUCCCCAGCUCGCGAAACAGCCUAUGAGAAUGAAGAUAACGUUCAAAAACCAAGACUCGUUCGACAGCGAUGGAAAUAGUCACAACACAUUCCUUGACAAUAGGAAAGAUUGGCUCUAUGGCUCCUAUCGCGCUGCGUACGCUCAUUUGUUGUUUAUUUGGGGGCUGCCAAUUCAGCGCAGUGAAGUGCUUAAAAUAAAUAGGAUAACAGACAGUGCUACUCCACGCUUCAGCCGUCAUGGCUCUCGCAGUCCUCGGGCGUCCAUCUCCCUCCCGUCCUCUAAGCGCAAGGAGUCACCUGCACCUCUCCUUACUGAAGCAAAUCGGGGGUUGGACAUUCAAAAACAUUGCACCAACUGUGGUUUUGCUCUACAGCUAUCUGUUUUUGCUACUUCCUCAAAAAAGAAUGCGGCAAAUGGCAAGACCGCUACGAACCAGUCGGCCUUGAAAUGUCCGAACUGCAAGCCAGUACAGCCAUUGCCCACGAGACUCCCAUGCAUCAUAUGUGGUGAGAUUGUGGACGGGAUGUUUACGCCAUGUCUCAACUGCGGGCAUCUCAGCUGCUUCGAAUGUCACCAGCUAUGGUUCUCCAGGCCUCCUGACGAGUUGACGGGGGCCAGCACACAGAAUAUAGAACAAAAAGACAGCACCGGUGUGCAGUUCUGCCCCAGCGGUUGUGGCUGCAACUGUUCUGAACAUGUGGUGUACAAAGUGUCUCUCCCUCCCAGUCUUACUCCCGGGCAUGAGGGCGAUAGUAGACACAGCUCGAGAAGCAGAUCUCGUCGCAGGUGGACUGAAAUUGCCCCUGGCAGUUCUUCUCGGGUGUCGCUUAACGCUGGUCAUGACCAAGAUGACCUAGAAAUCUUUCGUUCUUCACCAUUUGCAUCUCUUGCGAGAGGCUUGGGUGCUGGAUUAAGCCGCGGCCUGACUUCUAAGGAUGAAAAGAAGGAAUCUUCAGCACCAAACGCCACUAAGGAAAAGAAGAGCAGUCACCGACCAACGCGAACGAUGCGCUAAUAGUUAAUCAUUGCUACAAUUACACAGUGAGACAUGACAUGCAGCCUUUAUAGACGUGGUUCUUUGGUCGUUCAAUUGAGCUGCUU